AUAACAUGAAAUUUCUAAACACAAUCUUCAAAGAGAUCCUUGUCUUCUUGGAAUUUAGAGAUAUCACUGGGUCACAGUUGGCUUUUGUCAAUAAGCAGUUUUAUCACAAUAUUGUAGAAGACAACACCCUUAUCCGUAGAAUUUUGAUGAACUACCUUGUCAUCAUAACAGAUUACGAAAAGGAGGAGGAAUACCAGAGAGCAAUCCUUCUGGAUCUUCAUGAACGUAGAUGCUUAGCGGAGAACGCUAAGGAAGAAUUUGAAGAGGUCAAGUUCUCCAAGUAUUAUGACAGUCCGGCUAAGGAACUAGCUCCACUGUUUAACAAGUUCUCAAGGAAAUAUGACAAGAAGCAGUUGGUCUGUACCUGGAGAACCACUGCAGGUUAUGAAACCGAGGUUAAUGAAAUCGUCAGAAUCUUCAUGGAUGAUAGGUCUAUCUAUUACUCUGCAGAGCAAGGUUAUUUCCCAAAUGGAGUGUACUGAGUCACCGGUAUUGCUUGAGAGCAGAAUUUCGAAGACCAUGUUGUAGCACGGAAGUUGCUGAGAAAUGUUCAAGAACUAGACCAUAUUUUUGGAUAUGAAGUUGAAGAAGAGAAUCCCAUUUGGAUCGAGUCUUCUGAGUUCAAUGUGGGAGAGGUUCAAGAUAGAGAGCUGUUUCCAGAGUCACUUAGAUCCAGAGAUCCCAAAAUCCUCAACUAUUGGCUGAGAAACAGACUUGCUUUUUCAAUAUGGAAGACAGGAAUGGUAGAUGAAGAUCAAGAAAGUUCUCAGAACUCUACUGGAUUACAAAACCACAAGAUCAUAAAAUUUGAUGUGUCUAUUCAUCAGGCAUUACAUAGAGAACAGUUAUUAUGUUGGAAUAGAUUUAGGGUUCUCAAAUGUAAAUAUGGAAGCUGCCCAGUCAGUGCUUUUGCUGUACUGUCUCAUGACUUCCCUCUUAAGCCUGAAAAUCACCCUCUUGCUAUACUUCUAAAGAACCUUUAUAACAAGGAAAUCAGGCCAAAUAUUACAAGGGAGAGCUGUAUCGAUGAGCAGGGCGAGAUGUUGAGUAAACUUCUCAAAAAGCUAUCAGCUAAUGGCAUCAUCCCAGAUGUAGCCAAUACAUCUGACAAUAUGUUUGAGCUCAACGUGAAAUACUACUACAACAAGUUUGAUGGACAAAUGGGAGACUAUCAACAGCACAAUGAGGCUUUGAGAGACUCAAUCUCUCGUGUGACUGGUGUAGAUACCUUACCCCUGGAGCUAUACGAUAAACUUGGGUCAAUGUAUGACUACUACAGGUUCAGACUCAAUUCUAUCGUCUUUGGCCUUAAGUGCGAUGAGAUCUACAAUUUCCACCUCAAGCAACUUAUCACAGGAAGAUAUGUCUCAAUUCUUGCACUUGACAUCAACAAUAUCGACAAUGACCCUAAUGCAAAUGUUGAUUUUGGAGGAGUUCAAUUUUAUGGCAAUAUGAUUCCAAGCCCUCUGACAGUAGAUAAGUAAAAGUUCUUUCAAUUUUAUGGC